AUGCCAAUACGAAUGAAACCUCGUGUGUCCCACAAAGGCAAGAACGUUCAGUUCAGCUACGACCUCCCUUGCCGUAUUAAUUGCGCGAAAGUCUAUCCUGUCAAGUCACCAAAUGGCUCUACGGUGAUUAUCUACGGCCACGAUACCGGCUUGACAGUGUUAUGGAGAGGAGGGAAACCGCUGAAAUCGACGGUGACUUCGAACGACGCAUCCACUCAAGCGCAGCCGAACGGCAAUCAAGACGAUGCUGUGAUGAUAAUUGACUCAGACGACGAAGCGCCGCCUGUCCCCUCCUCGUUCCAACCUCAAUACGACGCCGAGUUUGAACCCGAAGACGAAGAACACGAUCCUUCUGAGCCCUACCUUCCGGUAGUCCAACACCUCGAUCUUCCGCUCCCGGCCGAAGUCCUACACCUCUCCGUACCUCGUCUGCCUCCCUCCAACCCGUUACGCUCAGGAGAAAACCGCCCUACUAUCUUCAUUCGCAAAAUCGUACUUUCGGUUGCCUGCACAGACUGCACGAUCCGCGUCAUUGCCCUGCCCCUUACGCCCCCGUCAGCUGCACGGAAGUCCAGGCAAGUAGCCGGGUCGGCGAUCAGCUUCUUUGGAGGAGAGCAACUCGAGCUGGCCUCUCAGCAUGGACACCAGAGCAUACCAGAUAACCUAUCCAUGACGUGGACCUCCAGGCAACCUCUUCCUGCCGCCCGCGACCUCGACCCUUACGACGAAGAAGAUGCGGAUGACGCAGAUUCUGGACGAAGUUCGCGUGCUGCCCGAGACAGAUCACGAUCAAGAGAUAGUUCAGACAUGCAAGAGUGGGACCUGUUGAUCGCCUCGCAUUCAAGUGAAGCCACCGGGUUGCUCAUCAUCUCUCGGGUGUUGCUUCCGUUGGAUGGCUCUCUAUCGAGCGGCCAGGUGGUUCCUUCUCAGGUUAGAUAUCUUCGGUCCCCUGCUGUCAGAAUCGCCUUCAGUCCGACGACUUAUCCAUACCAUCGCCAUGCACGGCUAUUGGUUGCCGAACGUACGGGCGCGGUUAGGGUAUAUGACCCGCUAUCUUCAACAUCGCGGCGCCCACAAUCGUCGUCGCGCUCAAACACCAGCUUUAACCCGCAGGCUGCGCCUGGAGGUUCCUGGCUCGGAACGUUUCUUACUAACUACGGAAGCCAAGGGGAUCCUUCGGCAAUCUUACCUGUCGUCACUCAGCGCAAGAGGAUACUAGACGCCCAAUGGGCUUCCAGCGGCAAGAGUAUCGUUGCCCUCCUCAGCGAUGGUGAGUGGGGAGUCUGGGAUAUUGACGGCUCCGGGCCUAUUAGCAUGUCACGAGCCUCUGCAAACACGUCCCCUGUCUCCUUUGCUCUCCGCGGCAGCGUUGGUGCCUCGAGCUCGUCCUUAAUAUCUUCGUCAUCGACUGUCGACAAAUUCCGUGGCAGCAGCACUUCUCUGGCUCCAAUGACACCAAACACCCGGCGAACCAGAGAGGAAUCACUUUUCAGUGGACAUAGCUCCAGCCAGCCCGGCGCACCCAGGGGAGGUAUUUGCGUGUCCAGUACGGCUAGCAGUACCGGUGGCGUGCCUUAUGACUCCGUCCUGAUCUGGUACGACAACAGUGUCUACCGAAUACCGAACCUCCAGCAAUACUGGGCCCGCACUACGAGCGGCAACACCGGAUCCUUGUACGGCUCUGGGCUUGCCCGCAUCGAGAGCCUCGACAUUCAGGGCGAGUUUAUUAGCGGCAUAGAGCAGUUUGAUCUCGAGAGCACCGCGGCAAAGAUCACCAACCAACGGGACUUGCUGGUAGUGGCCGAACGUCGGUUGAUUCUGCUUGGCAGUGAGAUCAGGUCAGGUAAAGAUGUCACGCUAUUCCGCGGUGAGCAAGAGCAGGACGGUCAGGUCAAGUCUGCGGAUCAGAAGAUGCUGGUGAGCCAAGAGCUGGACCUGGCUGGCAUGAGCAGAGUACUCGAUGGCAUGAGCGGGGCUAGCAAUGGGAUCCAGACUGGUCUUGGGAAGAGGGUGGGGUUUGCGGCCUGA